UGAGCCUGAAUGGUUGGAUGGUGUGCAGAAAAAUGGGGAAUUAUUUUAUUUAGAAUUGAGUGACAGUGAAGAAGAAAUUCUGCUUCAGAACAGCUGUCCAGAAAUGCCAGCAGUGAAUCAUGUCAGGUUUCGUGAAAAUGAAGCUGAAGUUAUUCAAGAGGGAUCACGAAAAGAAAGAAAGUAUGAACUGAAGAAAUUGGCCAAAAUACUGAAAAAGAAGAAUCUUUUACCAAAGCAUUCUGGUAAGAAAGGCAGUGGAAGCUGUAAUGUGCACUCCACUGGUCCUACUUCCAUAUUGAAACACCAGUCUGCUCAGAAAAUGGGUGUCAUUGUUCAGCAAAAAUACAAAGAUGUGUAUAUUUAUGUAAAUCCCAGAAAACUGUACAGUGCUGGAGAAGAUGAGCAGCACAGGCUGCUGGAGGCCUUAGUAGGGAUUGUCCAUCAGUCUUCAUGGAGCAGCAGAAGAGCGGAAAAACAAGGCAGGAAGGAUAAAGUUGUCAGAGGAACUGGUGAAGAGAAGCUUGUAGUACAUGGCUUGGUGCCAGGUAGUUCAGCAAUGAAAACGGGUCAAAUCUUGAUAGGAGAUGCUCUAGUUGCUGUAAAUGAUGUUGAUGUGAAUUCUGAAAACAUAGAAAGGGUUUUGUCUUGUAUUCCAGGUCCGAUGCAGGUUAAACUUACGUUUGAAACAUCAAUAUUUGAGCCUGAAGGAGCUUCUCAGCAAAGGUAUAAACAGGCACAGUCAAGUAUGAACAAUCUGGUUCGGCUGUUGUGGGGAGAAGAUGGUACAGACCUGCAACAGGCUAUACAAGACGUGCCUCAUAUUGUUAUGUUCCUCACAAUGAAACUGGACUCUGAAACAUCUAAGGAUGAGCAAGAAAUUCUUUAUCAGUACCCCAUAUCAGAAGCAUCCCAAAAACUGAAAAGUGUGAGGGGAAUAUUUCUCACACUGUCUGACAUACUGGAAAGUGUUACUGGUACCCAGAUUAUCAGUUCCUCCCUCUUCUUAUGUGGAAAACUGGUUCAAGUUGUUUACUGGAAAGAAUCUGACAAGUUGCUUGUAAUUGGCCUUCCUGAAGAAAAUGUGCCACUUUCUCAGCUGAGGAACAUGAUUGAAGAUGUUGUCAGGACCUUGAAAUUUAUGUACAGUUCUUUAGACAGUGCUUUUUGCCAGGUGGAAAAUGUUUCUCGCCUGGAUCAUUUUUUCAACCUGUUCUUCCAGCGUGCGCUUCAGCCUGCAAGACUCAAGUCAAACGCCAGUCCCGGUGCUCAACACUAUGAUACCUGCAGUGCAUUAUUCUUAGACAAUCUCCCAGGCUUGCGCUGGCUGACAUUGCCUCAGGAAAUAAAGAUGGAAAUUGACACAGCACUGAGUGAUCUGGAAGCAGCUGACUUUGCAGAGCUGUCUGAAGAUUAUUACGACAUGAGAAGAUUAUAUAUGAUUAUGGGCUCUUGUCUCUUCUACAAGGGUUACUUGAUUGGUAAUCACUUGCCAAAGGAAGAUCUUAUUGAUAUAGGUUUAUAUUGUCGGCACUAUUGUCUGUUACCCUUGGCAGCAGAACAAAAGAUUGGUCAGUUAGUGAUAUGGCGGGAAGUAUUUCCACAUCAUCAUAUCCAGCCAUGUGAAGAUUCAAGUUUUACGGGAUACAGGGAACCUGAAGGAAGAUACUUUUUACUGAUAGUAGGCUUGAGACACUUUAUGCUGUGUGUCCUGCUAGAGGCAGGAGGCUGUGCAUCCAAAGCUAUUGGGAAUCCAGGACCAGACUGUAUAUAUGUAGAUCAGGUCAAAGCCACUAUACUUCAACUGGAAGGAAUAGAUGCCAGCAUAGAGGAAAGGCUAGAUUCUCCUUCCAUUCCACCUUUAUCUUGCGCUGACUGGUUCCUUCCUGCAACGCGUGACAAAGUAGAGAGCUCGACCACCUCACCCAUCCUAAGCAAGCUACAAAAUACUUCCAAAUCAGUAACCACUCCAGCAAGCAAAAGGAGCCUAUUUGGAGACUCUUCCUUAAUGACACGUAAGCCGAGCCCUACGCGAAACAGUGGAGGACCAGACCACGGUACCGAAGGUCCUGCAGAAGAUGAAAGCAGUAAUCCACAGUGUGUAGUGGAUCAGGUCACUAGAAAAAAACAUACCCUACCAAAUCCAUUUCAUUUAGGAAACCUCAAAAAGAACCUUUCGGAGAAAGAUACAGAACUUAACACUAUCAAGUUGACAUCUGGUCCUGAGAAUACCCUCUUCCACUAUCUAUUUUUGGAAACAAUGCAAGGAAUCUUUAUAACGCCAACUCACAAAGAAGUAGCACAGCUCGGUGGCUCCAUCCACCCUCAGUUAAUUGAGAAUUUCUAUCGUUGCUGUCUCUCAAUUCGUUCCAUUUUUCAGCAGUCCAUGAGGAAAGAAAAGAAGAAAAAAGCAGGCAGUGGGAUUUCGGACUUUAGCGAGGCAGAUGAGGACCUAGAUCUGGUAAAAGAACAUGGAAUUUUGUUUGAGUGCUCUCCUGAUAACUGGAAUGAUCCGAAGAAACCACCACCAACAAUGAAUUACUGGGUUGUGGGGAGACUCACUCUACAUCCAAAACCUCAGGAGUGUUAUGUCUGUUUUCAUGACUCAGUCACAGAAGCUGCUGUUGAACUAGCCUUUAAACUGUCCUUUGGCUUAGCUACAUAG